CAUCUGCUGCCUCCCCUGCCUGAGUUCGCAACGUCUUGAGAGCCACAGACUCGAGCGCCUGCUUCCCAAGCGAGACAAGGUGAUCAGUCCCCAGGGCGCACUCCCAUCCCAUCCCAUGGCGUCGGGACAACCGGCCGUGCAGACCUUCGUGCUGAGGGUGACCAUUCACUGCCAUGGCUGCAAGAAGAAGGUCCGGAAGGUGCUCAAGAGCAUCGAAGGCGUGCACGACGUGAAGGUGGAUGCCCAGCAGCACAAGGUGAUGGUGACGGGCACCGUGGACGCCGAGACGCUCGUCAAGAGGCUGCACAAGUCAGGCAAACAGGCCCUGCCAUGGCAACACACGCCUGCCAAGAAUCCCGAGCCUGCGCCGUCGCCGUCAACCCCAACCGAUGCCCCCGCGCCGGCCGAGGACGGCAGCAACGAUGCUGCUGUGGCCGACAAGAAGCCGGCGGUGCCUGCCAAGGAGCCGCAGACCAGCAGCUCGGACAAGAAGCCGGAGCAGGAGACGUCCCCGGAGAAGAAGCCUGAGAUGGACAAGGAAGCAGAACCUGAGAAGAAGGCUGAGAAAGAGGAGGCGAAACCAAGCGACGAGUCAAAGAAAGCCGGCGGCGAGGGCGCGGCGGCCGAGCCCAAGGCAAAGGGCACCGAGCCCGCGGAAACCACAAAGGAAGCCGGCAAUAACGAGGGCGAGGGGAAGAAGAAACAGAGCAAGCCCAAGGACGCGGACAGGUCCCUACCCCCAGCGCCAGCGCAUGUGCCGAGGCACCCGCACCACGAAUUCAAUCCUUACAACGCGCCGCAGCCGGUGAUGAGCUACAACAUGGCGCAGCCGAGAGCCAGCGUGUCCCACUACGCGCCGCAGCCGGAGCAGGGCUACUCGCAGCCGCAGGCCGGCUACUCGUCCAUGACGCAGCACUCACCGGCGCAGCAGGCCUACUCCCAGCACGCGCAGCCAAUGCAGCAAUGGUCGCCAUCAUACCUAUACAUGCCGUACCCGCACGCGUCGCCGGAGUCCUACUACCAAGACUACUACAGCCCGCCCGGGACGAACGCGUCGCCGCCGCCCCCGCCGCCGCUCCACGACUCGUACAGCCUAUUCGACGACGAGAACCCCAACUCGUGCAGCGUCAUGUGACCAAGGAGGGAGGCGGGGCUUGGUAAUCGUAACAGAGACCUCUCUGGUUCUAGCUAGAGUGUCUUGAUAAUCUCUUCGAUUGGGAGGUCAAAGCUCUCUCUUGUCUAAUCCUUUUUUCUUCUCUUCUUCCUCUUUAAUUUCUUCUUUUGUUAUUGCUACUAUUUCUGUUCUAAAUAGAGCAUGUAAUUGUAAUGGGAUACGCCUUUACAUGUAGUACUAGCAUCAAUGAAAUAUCUUGUUCCCUA